UAGCCCUGCCUCAGUCCCAUCAGCACCCGCGAGCCUUGGACAACAUGGCUGGAGCAGGCAGCAACGGAGAGGCCCUGGCUCCCCGGAUGGAGCUCAUAGAGAUGAAAGACAAGUUAAGAAACAGGCAAGAAAUUGUGAAUGGACUGAACAUUUUUUUGGAAGAAAAUGAAGAAGACGCCUCUUUAGAAGAACUGGAAGAAGAGUCCGAUGUUUUUGAGGAGGAAGAAACAGAAGCUCUCAGUGAAGAUGGGUCCAAAGAAGCACACGAUAAGUCAGUGAGAUGCAUGCCAUCCUACAAAAUUGUAAGAACAUCUCAUAAAGUGUCCCUCAGGAGUAUCACAUCAAUGACAGAUGAAGAGAGAUUUAAUAUGAGAAUUAAGAAGUUUGGUAUAAAUACAAGUAAAGAAUUCAGAAAAUCACCAGGGGCUUCUUGCUUUGGAUUGACUAUGUCAACUGGCAAAGAAAAUGCCGAUAUGAAUACCACAUUGAUGCACUAUAUUAAUGACCUUGUGCUGAUUGGACCAAGUGAAUAUAAGGCAUUCUGUAGACUCUGCCAUCACAGUAUUGCUUCUGACCAAGGAACUCACUUCACAGGCAGAAAAGUGCACCAGUGGACCCACAGUUAUAGAAUCCGCUGGUCUUACCAUGUUCCCCAACACGCUGAAGCAUCUGGCCUGAUAGAAAGGAAAAGAAGAGAAGGCGACUGGAGCGUUUCCGACUCCUGUGACUUGCUCCUGCAUCUUCUCUCCAGAGUUUAUAUGUCAAAAGUCAAUAGAAGAACCAAAUUAAAAUUUUCACCUUCUGUUUAUCAUCAGUUCUUUAAUCUUUUCAUUGACGUUGGUUUGUACUUAUAAUGUCACUGCUAUAAUUUAUAAAUAAAAAUAGUCAUCUACAUUUACUACA